UCAAGUAGAGCUGGAGUCGCGUAGCUCAACACAAUGACUGAGCAGCCCAUACAACUCCAGAAGCUCCACGGCAAGGUGGCCAUCGUCACCGGCGCCGCCAGCGGCAUCGGUGCAGUCACCGCGCGCCACUUUGCCGACCACGGAGCUCGCGUCGUCGUGAUCGCCGACGUCCAAGACGCCAAGGGCCGAGAAGUGGCCACAUCCAUCGGCUCCCACCGCUGCACCUACGUCCACUGCGACGUCACCGACGAGGACCAGGUCGAAUCGCUACUAGUCGACUCCACCGUCGAAAAGUACGGCCAACUCGACGUGAUGUACAGCAACGCAGGGAUAACUGCCUCGUCGGUGCAGACGGUGAUGGAGCUGGACCUGUCAUGGUUCGAUAAGGUGAUGGAGGUGAACGUCCGGGGGAUGGCGGCGUGUGUGAAGCACGCGGCGCGUGCGAUGGUGGGGAAGGGAGUCAGAGGCAGCAUAGUGUGCACGGCUAGCGUAGUGGCGGAGUAUGGGACGGAGAGCGCGACGGACUACACGAUGUCGAAGCACGCGGUGCUGGGGCUGGUGCGGUCGGCAAGCGUGCAGCUGGCGGCGCGUGGGGUGCGCGUGAACUGCGUGUCGCCGGGUUUGGUGGGGACGCCGAUGGUGAGCGAGACUCUUAAGCUUGGGGCGGAAGAGAUGAAGGAGAUGAUGACAGCGGUUUAUUCGGAAAGCAGCAAUGGGCCGCUGAUGGAGAAACACGUGGCGGAUGCGGUGGCGUUUUUGGCGUCGGAGGACUCGGCGUUCGUCACCGGCCAUAAUUUGGUGGUUGAUGGCGGAUUUGGCACCAAGUCCUAAUCAGUACUCAAACCAUGAUGGACUUGAUUUGCAUUAAUUGUGAUACUAUAGUUGUCCACUUGUGUGGAAAACUCAUGUGACAGUUUUGUCUGUGUGAUAGGAAUAAAUCACAAGCAGUUGUUUCAGUCUUGAUUAUUUCCACCAAUAUGUAUA